GAAGCUUUGAUUCCGGCAUUCUGGCUAUCUUUCGUUAGUACUGUGACACAGACUUGGCCGUGGCUUUGCCUCAUUGGCAUUCUCUCAGCCUGAUCCCUAUGCACAGCGCGGAGAGACUCAGACUGACUGUCUCUUUGGCACUUCACUGUUUCGGACUCAAUGACUCCAUGACAGUGGUGCUCUGUGACUGAAAAUUUCUUUGUCUGGGUGCUAGAAGUGAGAUUAUCUAGGACCCUGAUACCGAGCUGUCUGGCCCUCAUUCACUCACUCACCGCUACUUUUCGUAAAUCGCUGUGAAGUUUUUCUUCAAUCUUUUCUGGAUGUCCAUGGGAUUGUCACAUGAGACGGGCUGACGGAAUCCGUGCACCUCAGAAGGGUGAAAUUAAUACUAGCUGGCAUCUGACUACAGAAGAAAAGCAUUCAUUCCUGGAAGCUUCUCUGAUUUUCCCAGUGGCCAGCUAUAAAUUCAGAUCAUUGAAGAGAUUUGUUGUGGCUGACCUCUAGAUAUCAUAGGAACUUUAUCCUGGAUAGUUAUCAAACUACAUGGGCUUUGAAGGCCUUGAUGAUGACAUUUUCUUCAUACUUCCUAACCGUUUAAAAAAAGCUCUUCCUCUGUACUUUCAAUGAUGACUAUGGUUAGCUUGUUUUCCUUCACAAGUCCUGCAGUGAAAAGGCUCCUGGGAUGGAAACAAGGAGAUGAGGAGGAAAAAUGGGCAGAAAAGGCUGUGGACUCACUCGUGAAAAAGCUGAAGAAAAAGAAAGGGGCCAUGGAGGACCUGGAGAAAGCCCUCAGCUCACCAGGGCAACUCAGCAAAUGUGUCACCAUUCCAAGGUCUUUGGAUGGAAGAUUACAAGUAUCUCACCGUAAAGGCUUACCGCAUGUAAUUUACUGCAGGGUAUGGCGAUGGCCAGAUUUACAGUCUCACCAUGAGUUAAAACCUCUCGAGUACUGUGAGUUCCCAUUCGGUUCAAAGCAGAAAGAAGUAUGCAUUAACCCAUAUCAUUACAGAAGGGUGGAAAUGCCAGUGCUACCACCUGUACUUGUGCCACGUCAUAGUGAAUUUAACCCACAACAUAGCCUACUUGUCAAGUUUCGCAAUGUGCCUCUGCCACCUCAGAGUGAACCGUUGAUGCCACAUAAUGUUACUUUCCCAAGCUCUUUUCAUGAGCAAAUAAAUCCGACUUAUCUGCCUUCACAAAACAAUGUUUUCCCUCAGUCAUCAAGCAACAGCAACUAUCCCGGCUCUCCUGCCAGCUCUGAUUCAAGAACCUCACACCAACUCACAGCCAAAACACCAUCACCUCCCUAUGGCCCCACAGAUAAACAAGUGAUGUGCGACAUUCAGCCAAUGGACACCUCAAGUGAUUCAUCAUUAGUUCCACAGCUGGUUGAUUGUAAAGAUUUACAGCCUGUCUGCUAUGAAGAGCCAGAUCACUGGUGCUCUAUCGUUUAUUAUGAACUAAACAAUAGAGUUGGAGAGGCUUUCCAUGCAUCAGCAACAAGCUUACUGGUUGAUGGAUUUACAGAUCCCUCCAAUAAUAAGAACAGGUUCUGCCUUGGGCUGCUGUCAAAUGUAAAUCGAAAUUCUACAAUUGAAAACACCAGGCGGCACAUUGGAAAAGGUGUUCAUCUGUAUUAUGUUGGUGGUGAGGUUUACGCUGAAUGCUUGAGUGAAAGCAGUAUCUUUGUCCAGAGUCGCAACUGCAACUAUCAACAUGGCUUUCAUCCAACUACCGUUUGCAAGAUUCCCAGUGGUUGUAGCCUCAAGAUAUUCAAUAACCAGCUCUUUGCCCAGCUCCUAGCACAAUCUGUGAAUCAUGGAUUUGAGGUGGUCUAUGAAUUGACAAAAAUGUGCACAAUUCGCAUGAGCUUUGUGAAAGGCUGGGGAGCAGAGUACCAUCGUCAAGACGUUACAAGCACUCCCUGCUGGAUAGAGGUUCAUCUGCAUGGUCCCUUACAGUGGCUGGAUAAAGUUCUAACACAGAUGGGCUCACCUCACAAUCCCAUAUCUUCAGUCUCUUAA